UCCAGAGCAGAAUAGGUGUCAGCAGAGAGCACUGUGGUCAGACAGAAAGGAAAUUAAGAAAAGAACUUCCUGUGGUGCAUAAAGCAGAUAAGUACUGGAAGGAUUAAGAUUUUCACAUAGAAGCUAUUUACAAAUCUGUUUAACUUUUGGCACCAGCUGAUUUAAAAGAAAAAAAGUGUUCCUGUGGAGUGUUUCAUGCUGCGCAAAAUUUGUGGCUGCAGCUGGAAAUAUGCUGCGUAUUCCACGCUAACUACACACACACGGCUUUCCGGUAGCAGCCCUAUGCGUGUAGUGAGUUUUGGAGGCGGGGCCGUGUGCUGGCAUGACUGACGUGUGGCUCCGCCUCCAGAAAACUGAGUCUUAAAAAAAGUGUGUGAAAUAGAUUGGUUUUACAUUUACAAUGAACAAACCCAGAAGUGGAUCUAGCAGAAAGGAGGACUAUAAUUCCUUCCUUUUUAGAUUUCUCAUCCCAUUUAAAUCCACUACUUCUGUUUGCCUCAAAAACUGAAUGAAAAACUGCAAUGGUGUUUGGAGAAAAAAAAGUACAACUCCAUUUAUCAGGCUGAUUUAAAGGGCCGGUAUCUCGGUCUAUAUAUAACCUAGUGACAGCUGUGGUCCUUGCUCCCUGCCAUAUAUGUCCUUAGUAGAUGUGAGUGUACACCAGAGAAGAUCUGUGCUUUUGUCUUUACACAGACCAUAUUCCAUGCAGAGGGUCAUAUGAAACGUUCCUGUGGAAUAUUCCAUUACUUAUCCGCUCCACCAAGAUUGGAAUGACAAAAUCUACAAAGUGACCUCUUCGUAGCCUCCAUAAACUGCUCUCGGGGUGAAGAAAAAAAGUCUUCUGGAUUGAAGUUAUGAUGCCUGGAGUUCCUAUGAAUAUCACAGAUCUAAACUGUGAGUGUCUUCUGCAUUUAUUCUCAUUCCUGGAUAAAGAUAGCAGGAAAUACCUGUCACUAACCUGCCACAAGCUCCAGGAUGUUUUCCAGGAACCAUCUCUUUGGACCUUACUGAAUUUUAGCUCUCCUCCAGAACUCACAAAAAAGAACUAUAUUUUAGGACCCGCUCUGAAAUCACUUUCAAUAUGCUGGUAUUCAAGCAGGGUGAAAAUCUGCAACAUUGAACACUGGGUGAAAACUCCUCUUCAGAAAUCCAUGUGCAGCCCCCAUCUGAACACAGUCAGUGACUUCCUCCAAGAGGUUUGUAAAAGAUGCCCGAACAUGCGGACCCUGACCCUUGCUGGAUGUGCCCACGUCAGUGAUGAAAAUCUCAUCCAAGUCUUAAAGCACUGUCCUGACCUUCAAAGUCUGAAGCUGGAAAAUUGCUCUGGAGUGACAGACAGAACACUGGCAAUGGUUCCUAUUCUUUCUAAAAGACUCCACACUCUCCAUGUAAACUUUUGCAGAAAUAUAACACAGAAGGGGCUCUCCCAGGUGAGGCAGGGGUGCCCAGGGAUCAUCCUGCAGGCAGAGAGGAGUGGAAACAUGAUUGGCGACAGAAUGCCUGAUGAUAUUGUUUCUUUUCAGCGACCAAGAAAAAUUAUAACAAGAUAAGACAACUUUGCUUACAACAGCUUGGACAUUUACUGCUCUACUAUUACCUAAGGCAGUGUUUCCCAACCAG